AUGGCUCUGCUUAGGGUUGUGCCAUGGUUCCUUUGCCCGCUCAGCUGGUUUGUGAGUGCUGAUCUGGAUGUGGAGCUCUAUAGAACGGCCAAGAAAAGCCCAGACUUGAAGGCCGUAGAAGGCGAUGUGCAGAAGAUUUCCGAGUUCCUCCUGGAGCAGCGGCCCUCGCGGCACGUGGCGCUGCUGCUGCACGACGCCAACUGCCCGCACUGCCGGAAGGCGCUGCCGGAACUGGACCUCGUGGCCAAGGCGUUGACCAAGGAAGCCGUGGUUCUUGGACAUGUGGACUGCACCAGCAACAAGGCCGCGAUGCGGACGCACUUCAACCUCAAGGGCUUCCCAUGUUUGCUCUUCUGGCGGAAGCAGCCCGAAUCCUUGGAUGAGCUUGUUGGGAAGACGGUGGUGGUCGACAGCGAUUCCGCGUUCCUGUUGCGAGCCAGUCGUCUUGCAGGGCUCGGCGCUGAGAGGGACAAGUCCCGGCUGGCCUUGCUGGGAAAAGAGGUGAUCAUCUUGCAGGUGGAUGGUAAGGAUAUGACGGUGCAGGUGGAGACGGAAACGAAGCAGAAGGUGUGGAUCCCGCAUGAAGUCCUUAUUGAGCAAGGACGUCGCGUUCCCUACAGGCGCGAGGAAGCCAUGACGAAGUACCAGAACUUGUGGGAAAAGGACCUCAUGCAGAGCUUCGUGCAGAGGGCAAUGCAGCCGCUGGUGGCCAAAUUGCCGAGCAGCAGCCUGCAAAGCCUCGAAAAGGAAGAUGGCCAUGCGUUGGUUUUGUGCGCUGCUGUGCUGUCUCGAGGCUUCCUGGAGGCAGCUACCAACUACCACCAAACCUUGCGUGCCUUCCAUACGCCGAGCUGCCCAGAACUAGGGUCAGGCGAUCACAUUUUAUCCUAUUCCCCCGCCUCACUUCAGUGGACGGCAGUGCCUGGCCGGGCCAAAGCAGCUGCGGCCGUUGCGGGCAAAGAGGUGACAUCCAACGAUACGCACUUGGUCCAGUGGGUCGAACAGCACCAAUAUCCCGGCAUUAGCGCCCUGACGAUCCAUUCCGUCCACGCCUGGCUGCGUGCAGGGCGUCCUACGGUGCUCUUGGCCAUCAAGCUGAAUGACUUUGAGAAAAAUAUCAUGGUGGAGAACCAAUUGCGCGAGGUGGGCAAGCCGACUCCCGUGGGCAACAUGGAGCUCUACAGUUACGGCCCUUUCGACAGAUAUCUCGGCGUAGCUGACGGAACCCUGGAGGGCUUCAACUACUUCGGCGUGGCCGCGUCGAAUCUCCCAAGGGUCGUGGUCUUUGAUGACCCAGAGCAUUGGGUGGAAGACGAGGACUAUGUCACUGCAGAGAGGCUGUCCGAGCACCUUCCGCGAGUGGCGCGAAUGUGGAGAAUGAGCAGCACACCUCGAGGUUACGCCCUGUGGAUUGCAAAACGUUUCGUGGCUGUCUACCUAAAAUUGGACCGGGAUGCGAAUGCUUCAUUCGGCUACGCGGGACGAUGCGUCGUGAAGAUUCAAAGUGAAGACGCCGGCAUCCAGAUGACGUGGCACAAGUAUCCCGGCAGCGCCCUGACAUGCCCUGACGAUCCAUUCCGUCCACGCCUUCCGUCCACACCUGGCUUCGCGAAGGCAGUGCUUCUGGCCAUCAAGCUGAAUGACUCGGAGAAAAAUAUCAUGGAUAUCAUGGUGGAGACCCAGCUGCGCGGAGGACUUUCCACGGUCGUGGUCUUCGACCCAGAGCAUUUGGAGGAUGAAGACUAUGUCACUGCAGAGAGGCGGUGGCUGAGUGAGAUCAGUGCCCGAACCGCCUUAGUGGUUCUGUGGCUGCUGACUUUGGCAGCGGCUCACCUUGGGACCCGUGGAGAUGUUGGCUAUGUGCAGAGUGCCAGCUGGGGUCGGCCCAGACCCACCAGGAUUCCGAUGCAGGUGAGAGAAAGGAGAAGUGAGAAGAGAGCUCCCUCGAAGAGAGGAAAACCGCGAGGCAACUAUGUUGAUGCGAAGAAGUUGACAUCAAGCAUGGCGGGAGCGAAAUCAGCAGAAGAAUUUGUGAAGAUUUUGAAUGCAGCUGUGGACGGCCCGAUCUUUAACUACUUUCACGCCUCAUGUGCCUAUCACCGAUUGGCCACCUGGAAGAGGUCAGGGAAAUUGGCAAAAGCGGCUGGCGGUCUGAAGUUCUCCAAGCUCAAUGCCCGAGUCCAAGAGAUGAUUGAAGAAGGUCAGCUCCACGCUCGAGAACUUGCCAAUGUCCUCUGGAGCUUUGUCCCAGACAAGGCCAAAGAUAUGAAGCCACAAGAGCUGUCCAAUGUCCUGUUGGCAGCUGCCAAAUUGAAGGAUGACGAACCUGACGUGGUGAACGUGGUGCCUGCAAUUGUGGCGCAGGUCCCAGACAAGGCCAAAGAUAUGAAGCCACAAGAGCUGUCCAAUGUCCUGUGGGCAGCUGCAAAAUUGAAGGAUGAUGCAACUGACGUGUUGAAUGUGGUCCCUGCGAUUGUGGCGCAGGUUCCAGACAAGGCCAAAGAUAUGAUCCCACAACACUUGUCCAAUGUCCUGUGGGCAGCUGCAAGCUUGAAGGAUGACGAACCUGACGUGGUGAACGUGGUGCCUUCGAUUGUGGCGCAGGUCCCAGACAAGGCCAAAGAUAUGAAGCCACAAGGGCUGUCCAAUGUCCUGUUGGCAGCUGCAAAACUGAAGGAUGAUGCACCUGACAUGCUGAACGUGGUAAGUGUGAUUGUGGCGCAGGUCCCAGACAAGGCCAAAGAUAUGAAGCCACAAGGGCUGUCCAAUGUCCUGUUGGCAGCUGCAAAACUGAAGGAUGAUGCACCUGACAUGCUGAACAUGGUAAGUGUGAUUGUGGCGCAGGUCCCAGACAAGGCCAAAGAUAUGAAGCCACAAGAGCUGUCCAAUGUCCUGUGGGCAGCUGCAAAAUUGAAGGAUGAUGCACGUGGCGUGCUGAAUGUGGUGCCUGCGAUUGUGGCGCAGGUCCCAGACAAGGCCAAAGAUAUGAUCCCACAAGGGCUGUCCAAUGUCCUGUGGGCAGCUGCAAAAUUGAAGGAUAAUGCACGUGGCGUGCUGAAUGUGGUGCCUGCGAUUGUGGCGCAGGUCCCAAACAAGGCCAAAGAUUUGAAGCCACAAGAGCUGUCCAAUGUCCUGUGGGCAGCUGCAAGAUUGCAGGAUGAUGCAACUGACAUGUUGAAUGUGGUGCCUGCGAUUGUGGCGCAGGUCCCAGACAAGGCCAAAGAUAUGACCCCUCAAGCACUGUCCAAUGUCCUGUGGGCAGCUGCAAAACUGAAGGAUGACGAACCUGACGUGGUGAACGUGGUGCCUGCGAUUGUGGCGCAGGUCCCAGACAAGGCCAAAGAUAUGAAGCCACAAGACCUGUCCAAUAGCCUAUUGGCUCUCGUUCUUUUGCAAGAUUCAGUUCCAGGUGUUAGUUCUUUCCUUCGCGGUGGGAGUAGAAGCAACACAGGCUUUGUGGGAGAGGCCGCGUCACGGGUCGCGAAGCUCCUUCCAAAGCUCAGUGAUUUGGACUUGUUCCUGACUCCCCCUGCUGUGGUUUGGGCAUGUGCAAAGAUGGAACUGCCCCAUGACGAGCUCCUGUCCGCUGUUGCCCAGCGUUUUGCAUCUCGAAAGACCAUCUCGUCGCUCAGAGACUGGGGUCUGUGUGCGUUGUACGGAUCAUACCAGCUCCUCGGCUCAACCGAUCGCUUCACCAAUUUUGCAGAGAUGUUGAAGAAAGAGUUGACCAGAAGAGGACUUUCUGACUCCGAUGUUGGCUGGAGCCUUGAAGGGCCCCUGGACGGGGCAUAUCCCGAGAAGUGAAUCUAUGACAUCUAUGGCGAGGGGCGCAGGAAGACGCCGCCAACCAUCUAAUUUCGCUUGUGUUUGUAGUGUUUUUGUAAUGUUUUUGUUCUUUGCCAGCCCUUUGACUCCAGGCAUUUCAUGCACUGGCCUGGCUCCCGCUGCACCGGUCUAGGAAGAUUCAAAGCACCACGGAAGACCCAGAGUGCCGACCGCCAGGUUAUCAACGAUGUCUGGAUGAGGCAAGGAGCAUGCUAUUGACUUUUUACAAACCUUGGGCCUAGAUUGUCAACAUUUUUAAACGCCAUCCUGAGCCAACUGGCUUGCAGUUUGCCGAUUCGCAGUGUAUAAAAUGGAGAAAAGGUGCUGGUCUCCGAGGCGAC